UAACCACAACCAAUAUUUCACCAGCUUUCCGGCAUUUCCAAAGCUUUCAAAACAGUGUUUAUAAAGUGGAACUCCAACAUCCUCGAUCUUAUCGAAACCUACAUAUGCAAUCUCAAUUCACUUAGGGUUUCGACAAAUCUUAUACAAUCAUCCCCCCUCUAUAAUCUCUUCCGUUUCUACUACCUACAUUCACAAAUUCCUCACAUUUCAGCAACGAUUUCAGUCUUCAAGAGAUUUGGAUUUACUUCGUCGGGUAGAAUGGCACAGACAAUGGCUUCAGGUCUACAGAUGAUGAUGGCGAAACCAUCAGUGAAUUCAUCAUGGAAGGUGCUCAAUUCAAGUGCUGCAGUUUUUGGUGCUAAUCCAAAAACAAACUCUUUCUCUAUGCUCUCAAGUGCUUCUUCUAUUGCAUCAGUAAAACCAUUGUCCUGCAACAUCAUUUCUAUGCAUUCCAAAUCCGGUGAAGUCAUCACAAGGGCAAUGUCUCAAUCUACUGACAGCAAACCUACUCUUCCUGGUUUGCCUAUUGAUUUGAGAGGGAAAAGAGCAUUUAUAGCUGGGAUAGCUGAUGACAACGGAUAUGGUUGGGCAAUAGCAAAAUCUCUAGCUGCUGCUGGUGCUGAAAUUUUAGUUGGUACAUGGGUGCCUGCACUGAACAUUUUUGAGACCAGUCUUCGUCGUGGAAAGUUUGAUGCAUCUCGCGUUUUGCCAGAUGGGUCACUAAUGGAAAUUACUAAAGUUUAUCCUUUGGAUGCUGUUUUUGACAACCCUGAGGAUGUACCCGAAGAUAUUAAAACAAAUAAGCGUUAUGCAGGAUCCUCGAACUGGACUGUUCAGGAAGUUGCUGAAUGUGUGAAAAAGGAUUUUGGAACUAUCGACAUCCUUGUGCACUCCCUUGCCAAUGGACCAGAGGUUAGUAAGCCUUUACUGGAGACUUCCAGAAAAGGAUAUCUUGCAGCUAUCUCUGCAUCUAGUUACUCCUAUGUUUCGUUGCUCAAGCAUUUUAUUCCUAUCAUGAACCCAGGUGGAGCUUCACUUUCUCUCACAUAUAUUGCCUCUGAAAGAAUCAUUCCUGGGUACGGUGGGGGCAUGAGUUCAGCUAAAGCCGCUCUGGAGAGUGACACCAGGGUGCUUGCUUUUGAAGCUGGAAGGCGCUAUAAAGUCAGGGUCAACACUAUAUCUGCGGGUCCUCUUGGAAGCCGUGCUGCAAAAGCCAUUGGCUUCAUUGACACAAUGAUCGAAUACUCAAUAAAUAAUGCACCAUUGCAGAAAGAGUUGGCAGCAGAUGAAGUUGGCAAUGCUGCUGCAUUCUUGCUAUCACCAUUGUCUUCAGCUAUUACGGGUUCAGUUGUUUAUGUUGACAACGGUCUAAACGCGAUGGGGGUGGCAGUUGAUAGCCCAGUAUUUGGAGAACUUAACAUUCCAAAAGACAACUAGAGCUAGAGGGAGAAGACAGAGCCGUCUUAUGGGCUUGGCCAGCUAGGCUUGUGCCUAGAGCCUCAAUUUGUUGAGCCCAAAAAUUUUAAUUUUAGUUUUUUUUUAAAAUUUUAUCAUGCAAGCAGUGUUGGGACAUAGUGUCUACCAGUAUUCUUGUUGAUAGUCAUAAUUUCUAGCUAGUGUUAUUGAAAGCCGUUUGUUUUGUAACUAGUGCGCACUAGUUUCCAAUUUCAUUUAGUCGGUAUUUUUAUUUUUUACACUUUUAUAUAAGAACAUUAGAACUUACUACAUGCAAUUCUCUUUAACUAA